CAUUUUUAACGUACCAUUUUAAAUUCGAUUAAAUGAUUAAACUAUGUUAAUCAGUAUCAACAGGUUUAUAUUUAAAGGUUCUAUUGGUUUUAAGUUCUUACAAAUAAUAAGUAACUAGUGAUUAUACUUCAGCCCUAUUAACUACCUGAUUUUUGUUUUCUAGUUUUAAAUUUGAAAUCAUCUAGACAAAAUGAAUGAAAAUUCAUCUCAAAAUAAUGAAAGCUCUGUAAGCGCGUCAUUAAACUAUAAUCGUCCUAGUGUGACUACAAUUGAUAUUUUGAAACAAGAAUUAUAUCAAACACAACUGCAAUUGAAAACAAAAAAUGCAUUUAUUAGUGAACUUCAAAAUGAUGUAGAGCAAUUACAAAUAGUCGAAGAUGAUAAUAUUAAAUUGAAAUCAGAAAUUUUAACAAAAGAAUCAGAUUUAAGGCAAUGGACUGUAAAAUAUUCUAAUUUAGAGUUCAAAUUAUUAGACCAACAAAAAGACCAUCUAUCACAGAUAGAUUUAUUGAAUGAACAACUAUCAGUUUUAAAAAAUUUAAAAGAUAAACCAAAAGAAGAUUCUCCAGUAAAUUUAAAUGAAAGUAUUAUAACAGAAUUAAAAACUGAGUUAAAUGAAAAAAAAGAAAAAUAUGAAGAGAUGCAAAAUAUUAUAAACAAUCAAGAAAUUAUCAUUAUGGAGUUGGAACAUUCAAAAAGUAAAGCUAUUGAAGAAUUAGAAGAAUUUAAAGUAAAAGUUGAUUUUAAAACUGAUCAAUUAAAUGAAUGGAAGCAAAAAUAUGAGACAUUGCAAGAAGAAUGUGAAAUGCUCAGGUUGCAGCUUAAUAGUAUAAAUAACCUGAAUGAUCAUAAUAAAAGAGGAAAUUCAUUGUUUGCUGAAGUGGAUGACAAAAGACAAGCAUUGACAACCGAGUUGGAAAUGAAAAGAGAAAAAUAUGAAACUUUAAAAAAAUGUUUAUCAAAAGCCAAUCAUGAUAACAAUCAAAUGAAGAUGGAAAUUAUGAGAUUGGAAAAACAGUUGUUAGAAACUGAAAGAAAUGAUGACUUGGAAAAAUCUACUUUAAUUCAAAGUUAUAAAAAUCGUAUAAGCGAUUUAGAAGCCAAAAUAAGAGAAUUAGAUAAAAGACCAGAGACCCCACAAGUAUUAAAAAUAGAUAAUUUAAGUAAUGAUGGCAUGAAUGUUGUUCUUCAAAUUGUAUCUGAUGUCCGAAAAGAGAAAAAAGCCUUAGAAGAAGAAAUGAAUAGAAGAUCUAUUCGAGAUAUGGAAGCUCGACAACAGUGUUUUAAAGGUGAAUGUGAAAUUCGACAGCUUAAGAAAGAGAUGAGAAGAGACAAACUGCAAUUAAAAGAAUUAGAACAACAAAUUUCUGUAUUGAAAUCUAAAUUAUCUUCAUCUAAGGAAAACAUUGGGGAAGAUAAGCGAAUGACAUCUAAAGGGGUACGUUUUCACAAUAACUGUAAGAUAGAAGAUGGAGGCCCUUCAUUGAAACUAGCAAAAAAAAUACCACAACAAGCUGUUUUGAACACAAUUGUUUGUCCAAAAUUAGAAGAAUUAUAAAUUAUAAUUCAUUAAAUUGUUUUAUUAUUUAAUUUGAUUUAUAGCUCUUAUUAUAUGUUUUGAAAAUAUUCAAUUUAAAUUUUAAAAUUAAAUUAUCUGCUUCUAAUUUUUAAAUAUUAAUUUAAAAUCAAAACUUCUAUACUGAAUUUCUAACAGCAUAUAUGAAUAA